UGAUGUUUUGUUACUAAAAAGGUUGUGAAUAAGCGUUAUUAAGAAUUGGAGUGAAAUUGUACUAGUAAUAAGAAGAAAAGCUCAUGUGUCUGUACUCGAGAACUUACGUAGUUACUGAAAGCUUACGCUUGGAUAAAAGUUGACGUCAAUAUGCUGCUGUUACUAUUGCUGGUGGGGCUGAGCAUGGGAGUGCCGCAGAAGCCCAACCUGGACGCUAUUCUCAACCGCAGGACAGAUGUCUACAUAGCGGGCUUCUUCCCAUUCGGAAAGGGAGUCGAGAACUCAAACACUGGUCGCGGCGUGAUGCCAAGCGUCAAACUGGCGCUGGACCACGUCAACGAGCAUGACUCCGUGCUGCGUAAUUACCGACUGCACAUGUGGUGGAACGACACAGAGUGCAACGCUGCGGUGGGCGUGAAGUCUUUCUUCGACAUGAUGCACAGCGGACCACACAAGCUGAUGCUAUUCGGCGCGGCCUGCACGCACGUCACUGACCCCAUCGCCAAGGCAUCUAAGCAUUGGCAUCUUACACAGCUAUCCUAUGCGGAUACCCAUCCAAUGUUCACGAAGGAGGCGUUCCCCAACUUCUUCCGUAUCGUGCCCUCUGAGAACGCUUUCAACUUGCCGCGCAUCCGCCUGCUGCAGCACUUCAAUUGGACAAGAGUCGGCACCAUCUACCAGAACGAACCCAGAUAUGCUCUGGCACACAAUCGUCUACUGGCAGACUUAGAUUCUCACGGAUUCGAUAUCGACGAGACGCAGAGCUUCGCAACUGAAGUAAGAACUGCACUAGAGAAGCUAAAGGAAAAGGACAUUAGAAUAAUACUCGGAAAUUUCAAUGAGACCUGGGCCAUGAAAAUCUUCUGUGAGGCAUACAAGCUGGAGAUGUAUGGACGCGCGUACACGUGGCUGUUGCUGGGCACGUACAGCGAGCGGUGGUGGCUGAAGCGCGGACCGUGCGCGCGCCGCGAGCUCACUGCCGCCCUCGACACCGCCCUGCUCACUGACCUGCUGCCGCUGUCUACCACCGGGGAGACCACCAUCUCCGGCAUCACGGCAAAAGACUAUCAGAUAGAAUACGACCGAAGGAGAGGUCUGGAGUAUUCAAGAUUCCACGGGUACACUUACGAUGGCAUAUGGGCGAUGGCACUGGCCAUACAGACGGUGGCACAGCGGGUCAAACUGAAGCACAAGGAGAAGACGGUGCAAGACUUCCGCUACCGAGACAAGGAGUGGGAGCAGCUCUUCCUCGACGCUCUCAGCAAUGUUACAUUCGAAGGAGUCACCGGUCCAGUAAGGUUCUACGACAACGAGCGAAAAGCAUCGAUCCUUCUCAAGCAGUUCCAGGGCGAUCAAGUUGGAGAGAUAAAAGUCGGAGAGUACUGCGCGGAGAGAGAUCACCUGGAUUUAACCAGCUGGGAAUCUUUUAAAUGGGUUGGCAAGAAUCCCCCAAAAGACCGAACGUUACGUCUCAUCGAGCAUACUCAGGUGAACAUCACCAUCUACACCGUACUGGUCUCCUGUUCCGUGCUCGGCAUCAUCCUGGCCACCGGCUUCCUCGCCAUGAACAUACACUAUCGUAAUCAAAGAUACAUUAAGAUGUCAUCGCCACAUCUGAACAACGUGAUAAUCAUCGGCUGCAUCUUCACCUACAUGAGUGUCAUCUUCCUCGGCCUCGACUCCAGUCUGGGCAGCUUGGGUGCAUUUCCAUUCAUCUGUAGCGCGAGGGCGGGUCUGCUGAUGACGGGUUUCAGUUUUGCAUUCGGCGCGAUGUUCUCCAAGACCUGGCGCGUGCAUUCCAUCUUCACUGAUGUUAAGCUCAAUAAGAAGGUGAUAAGAGAUUAUCAACUAUUUAUGGUGGUCGGAGUUCUACUGGCUAUAGACAUUGCUAUUAUGAGCACGUGGCAGAUAUUCUAUCCCUUCUAUAGAGCUACAAAACAGAUGGAGCCAUACCCUCAUCCGACAAGUGAAGACAUCGUUAUCGUUCAAGAGAAUGAGUACUGUCAAUCAGAAAAGAUGACCAUUUUCGUCGGAAUCAUUUACGUGUACAAGGGACUCCUACUGGUGUUUGGAGCAUUCCUCGCUUGGGAGACUCGACACGUAUCCAUUCCCGCGUUAAACGAUUCUAAACACAUCGGUCUGUCUGUCUACAAUGUGCUCAUCAUGUGUAUUAUGGGUGCACCCAUCGCUCAUGUGCUCGCGGACCAUAAGGACGCCCUAUUUGUUCUCAUAUCUAUCUUCAUUAUAUUCUGUACAACGGCCACUUUGUGCCUGGUAUUUGUGCCCAAGCUACUAGAGCUACGUCGUAAUGGCCAGCCGGGCGCGGCGGGGUCUCGGAUCAGGGCGACGCUGCGGCCGGCCACGACACACGAGUGCCGCGACCCCGGCCCCGAGCUGGAGCGUCGGCUGAAGGAGCUGCGCCAAUAUAACAACCGCUACCGCCGCACGCUGCAGGCCAAGGAGAACGAACUGCAGAUGUUGCUCAGCAAGCUGGGCAGCGACGCUAGCUCGGAGUCUUCUACACGGGAGUCGCGGUCGCCUGCGCAGCGCGUGCGCCUGCCCACUACCAAGGAGAACAUCAGCCAUCCAGAGACCAGCGAUAUAACGUCAGUGUGCAGCCUCAGCGCCUCGGCUGGUGCGGAGUCAGAGUACAUAAACCUGCAGAGCCAAACCAGCAUUGAGAAGCCCAAGCCCUCCGCUCCUCCAGAGCCAGUAAAAGAGGUGACCAUAAAAGAGCCGAAGAAAGAACAAACGAAGAAUGUAUCUUUCAAGAACCACCUGGACUACACCAGCCCGCCGUCUUCUAAAGCUGUGCCUGAAAAAGACCAGCUCGCUAAACUGCCUUAUGGCUGGUCUACUGAGGAACCCCCUGAACCACCAAAGCCUAUCACUAAGCCAUCAGAGCCGGUGAAGGCGGAGACAAAGACAGUGUCCGCGCUGAAGACCAGCGAUUCUAGCACCCCACCGGAUACAACGACCAAAGCAACACCAGUGCGCGAGGUGAAGUCCCGCCACCGACGCAUGUCCAGCGCCAGCCCCGCCAUGCUGGCUGACCUCAUGCACAUCUCUGUGGACCGCGAUGACCAGAGUAUGGAGAGGAAGGUCAUCGGUCAAGAGAGAGAACCUUCCAUACCACCGAAACCUAAACAAGAGCCUGAGGAUAUCCUGGACAUAGACCAUGACUUCUCCUCGAUGGAAAGAAGAAAAUCAUGCCAAAGACGAGAUUCAGAAAAAAGAAAGAAAGAGAGCUUUAUAGUGGUGCAGAGUGACUUAUGGGAUACGAAUACCUUCCAGUACACAAGUCAGAAAUCUCCGCCAGCUCAUGCUCAUUCACCUAUGCAGAGAAGUGUGUCAGAAAAGAGUCGGCAACAAGCGUCGCCUCACCACCACAGAGAACCUGACACAAGAAGUAUGGAAAGGAGAGCUUCAAAUACUUCAAUCAACCAUAAUGGUACAACACGAGGUGGUACACCAGAAGGCUACCGAGACUCUGAUACAUUGAAGAUGUCAGAUAGAUUGUCAAAGCGUCGUGGCUCAGAGUUCCCGCAGCCUGUAAGCACCCCACCACACCAGCUGCAAACUAAGAGGCGACAAUCUGCAGCCUAUAUGCGGUCAUACCAAGAAGAAAAAAGUGAAAAACCAGAAGCAACACCUCGCAGACAUGACGAUAUUCCUAGGAAGCAUACUCCUGAACCUAAAAUAGAGUCAGAAUCUUGGAAACCUGACCCUGACACAAUAAGAGUAGCGAAAGGACCGGAGUCACCGGCCAAAAGGUUGAAACAAGAAGCUGAGCCCUUAAAGAGAGCAAAAGGUGUAGGGGAAUCCCCUAAGCUAACUCAGGCGACUCAUCAGACGAGACCUGAUCAUCAUAAGAGUAGCCCUAAUGUGGCUUCAAGACAUAAAAUGGAGUCAAAUGGCAAAAAAGAAGAACGUAAAUCAGCUACAUACGGCAGAAGUGAUUCGAAACGCCAAGAUUCUGCAGAGCAACGUAAAAUGUACACAGCUAGUUCGGAAUCGGAAUUGUUCGAGUGCGCAAUUCUGCCCAUCUUUCAAAAACUUCUCACUGAGAGACACAAAAGUCAGCCGCACGGUUUAAAUUUAAGCUAUGGUGUUAGUUGUCCCAAUAUUUCAAUUAAAUGUGACAUAGUUGAAUAUUUGUAA